UUAUACCAGUCGAGGCCCAGUGCAGGAAAGGGUUAGCUGUUGUCUGCAGUGGCUAGUUCUCUAGGCCUAGUAUGAAUGCUAUUAAUAUUUAGAAGUCUAUGCCAAACACAUUUGCAUUUUAAAAUGUUAAUGAAAAUGCAUAGGCCUAUAUUAAAAAAUGCAUUUGGCUUAUUCAGGAGUAGACCUAGACGUUGUUUGAAUCUCCACACCCAGCAGGGGGAACGGCAACUUGUAAGAUUCACACCAGCGGUAGGACCACCAGGUACAACUACUCGAUUUCAACGAAGUGGAUCUCACGGCGGUGGUAGCCGACAAACUGUCCGGGGACUUGGGUCAACUGCGUCGGACUCUCUCUACCAGUCGACGUUUGAUAAAGCCCUUGACAACGCAAGCGAAUUCUGGGCAGAACAGGCAGAACAAAUUGUAUGGUUUAAACGAUGGGACAAGGUCUUAGAUGAUAGUGAUUUACUGUUCCCUAAAUGGUUUGUUGGAGGAGAAUUAAAUACCUGUUAUAAUGCUGUUGAUCACCAUGUCAUUGAAGGCAACGGAGAUUGUGUUGCACUCAUUCACGAUAGUCCUGUCACUAACUCACAGGAGAAAGUAACGUUUAGCCAAUUGCAAGAACAGACUGCAAAGUUAGCUCGUGUACUGAUUGAUAAUGGUGUCCAGAAAGGAGACCGGGUGGUAAUCUAUAUGCCUAUGAUACCAGAGGCCGUGGUAGCAAUGCUUGCCACGGCUAGGGUUGGAGCCAUUCAUUCGCUAGUAUUUGGUGGUUUUGCGUCCAAAGAACUGGCUGUUAGAUUUGAUCACGCUAAGCCUAAGUUAGUAUUAUGUGCAUCUGUUGGUUUGGAACCAGGACGUAUUGUUGAUUACAAGAAGAUGCUAGAUGCAGCAAUAGAUAUGAGUGAGCACAAACCUCAUAAAUGUGUCAUCUACAACAGACCAAAUCAAGAAAAUCCAAUGUUGAUUCCUGAAAGGGAUUUGAAUUGGAAUGAUGUGGUUCCAGCAGCAAAACCCCAUGAUUGUGUACCUGUCUCAGCUAACGAUCCUCUCUACCUGCUCUACACCUCUGGUACAACAGGUAUGCCCAAGGCCGUGGUCAGACCAAGUGGAGGACAUGCUGUGGCUCUUAAGUGGACAAUGAAGAAUAUUUAUGGGUUGAAUCCUGGUGAGGUCUGGUGGGCAGCAUCUGAUUUAGGAUGGGUUGUAGGUCAUUCCUACAUUUGCUACGCUCCUCUUUUGAAUGGCAAUACCACAGUUGUUUAUGAGGGAAAGCCAGUAGGAACACCAGAUCCUGGAAGUUUCUUCCGAGUUCUUCAAGAUCACAAUGUAGCCGCCAUGUUUACUUCUCCGACAGCUCUUAGAGCCAUCAUUAAAGAGGACAGUAAAGGCGCUUAUGCCUAUAAUUACAACUUAGAAAAAGACAAGUUGGGCAAUCACAGCACAUCAUGUAGGCCUUGGCAACAACCUUUCACCUCCUCACGGCAGUACAGGAAAACCAGUUCCUGGUUGGAAUGUUAAAAUUCUUGGAAGUGAUGGUGAAGUGCUGAAGCCAGAUGAACUUGGCACCAUUGCAGUGAAACUGCCUCUUCCUCCUGGUGCAUUUUCUACACUGUGGGAAGCUGAUGAUCGGUUUAAAGACUUGUAUUUUAAAAAAUUCCCGGGUUAUUACAAUACCAUGGAUGCUGGAAGUUAUGACAGUGAUGGUUAUGUAUACGUGAAAUCAAGAGCUGAUGAUGUCAUCAAUGUUGCUGGACAUAGAAUAGCAUCAUCAGCUAUUGAGGAGGCGAUCAUGUUACAAGGUGAUGUGGUGGAGUGUGCAGCCAUUGGUUUGAAAGAUGCCCUGAAGGGUCAUGUACCUGUUGGACUGUGCAUACUUAAAAAAGAUGUUGAUAAAACAGAUAAACAAAUAAUAUCUGAAAUAGUAAGCACUGUUCGUGAAGCCAUUGGACCAGUAGCAGCAUUCAAAAAGGCAGUUAUUGUGAACAAGUUACCAAAGACAAGGGCUGGAAAGAUAUCAAGACAAACAGUUGCAUCUAUGGCAAAUGGUGAACCAUUUAAGAUUCCAGCCACAACAGAAGAUUUUACUGCCUAUGAUAUGGUCAAAGCUGCACUACAAGCAGAGGGCAUUAUGAAAUGCUAGACCUUCCAUCUUAUAAACUCAGUAUUAACUAAGCUUUGCCUUGAAAUCAUUAAUCUCUUUCCAUCAUACCUCAGUCAUAAAAGUCAAUUUUAAUUUUUCUUUAAUUUCUAUUCCAAUUUCAAGUUGAUAAUUUUAUGUAACCUCAAAAUAAGGAUAAUUUAAAAUAUACUGCAGUCAUUUGUAACAGAAAGCACUUUCCCUUGUAUUGCAGUGUUUUGUCAUUGUAAACUGUUUUGUUUAUAUUUUAUAUGCCACAUUCAUCAUUGCAGGCUCUUUCCAUCAACCCGCAGUAAUUUAUCACUGCUCUUUUCCUUGCAAUCAGUCAUCCAUUAUUUCAAGCUCUUUUCAUUAUACCCAGUCAUUUCGACAGCUUUUUCAUCGUUCCUGCAGUAAUCAGUAUCUCAUACCUCAGUCAUUUACCACUGUCAGAUCAGGGUUGAGUCUGAUGUUCAGCACUGGUUUGUGUGCUAGUGCACAACACUCCAAUCUUCUUGUCAUGCUUCCUUAGGAGCAUUAAGUGGAUGCUAGUCUGUUGAUAUCAGUUACUAUUUUAUUAAUUAUGAGUACUUUGCAAUGUCUGUUACAUCUGAUUUCUUUUGACCAUGAGCUUGGUAAGUGCUUCUAUGAACUACAGUUUGAUUUGUGAAAAUUGACUAACAGAAUGAAAAGUUAUACCAGUUGUUGAAUUUCCUUGGUAUGAGAAAAUAAAAUUAAUAGAUGGCACCCUCGCUAGAAAUACCAUUAUGUGCUGGUAAAGGAUGGUGUGUUGUGAUAUAAACAGGAAUUAAACUUUAAAAUGCUUUAUAUGUAUUUAAUUGUGCUGACAGACCAAAUGUACAUGUUCUAGUAUCAUUAUCGGUUGGCAGCAGGUUUCACACAAAUUAUAAAAAAAGUCUUCAAGACUGAGGCUUUUUUUUGUGUUAUGAGUUAUCUGUUAGUAAUCUGAAGACUCAAAAUUAAACUUCAAGACGCCAGAAAAGUAGAAGUUGAAACAUCGGGGUACUCAAUGCAAUUUACCAACCAAUCAGCCUACCUGGAUAUUAGAAUUAACAUAAUUCCUAAUCAACUUAGUUCAAUAAAUUAACUUAUUUAGCAAUCAACCAACCUAGACAUUCAAUCAGCCUAAUUACCAAUCAGUCAACUUAUUUAACAGUCAACCAAACUGAACAUUAGUCAAUCAACAAACAGUAGUUGUUACCAAUCACGCAAUCAACUUGGAAAUUUUAAAGUUUAUAUGAUUCUCAUUUGUUACCUUUUCCCCAUAAUUGCUUAUUUUAGGUCCAUUUUCAUGUAAUGUAUUACUGUACUUCAUAUUGCUUUUUUUCAUUUCAAAAGGAAAGGAAACUUCUAAUUGAUUUGAAUAGUUUAAAAAAAAUAGUACAGUAAAUUAAAUGAGUGGUGCUUAUAAUAAGUGAAACUAA